AUGACGUCGAUAUACUCGACAAUGAAAGAGUCGAUUAUAAGGUUAGGAAACUCUGUAUAUAGGUUGCCUAAGGAUGAUACUGUUUUACAAAUAGUCCAGCCUAAAACCCACGGUAUGGUGGUAACCCGCGAUGAUAAGGAUGGUUCUCUCAUGUUGACUGAUAGUUCAUCUCCUCCUGUGGAGGCAGCGGAUAUCACACCAGCUAAACGCCGUGGAGAAUCAGUUAAUAAUUUAGAGGACGCUUAUGCUCAGAAGUCGGUUACAAAGUUGGUCUAUAGCCGUAGGAUUAAGCAGGAAAAGGAUUCUAAGAGAGGAUAA